UGGGGGAUAUGUAGGUAGUCGUGAGGGAAACAAACAAGAUAUCUCAAAUAUUAUUUACACCCACCCUUCCUAUAUAAAAAAACCCCAAAGCCUCAGAUGGGAAAGGGAACUAAUCGAGAAACCAAAAACAAAAAUCAUAAUUAGAGGAAAGUUUGAAGAAGCAUGGAUUCUAGGCGGCGUAAAAAUGCAGCUAUGCAAGGCAAGUUGCAACAGCUUCGAUCGGUCACAAAUUCCAGUGCUGUUAACAAAGCCUCAAUUAUUGUGGAUGCCACCAGAUACAUAGAGGAGUUGAAGCAAAAAGUGGACGGAUUGAACUCAGAGCUUGGAACCGCUGAAUCAUCAUCAAUCUCCCAAGACGAACUACCCAUGGUCACCGUGGAAACCCUAGAAAGGGGUUUUCUCAUUAAUGUGUUUUCAGAAAGGAAUUGCCCCGGCAUGCUUGUGGCAAUACUCGACGCCUUCGAAGAACUGGGACUUGAUGUGCUUGAUGCUAGGGUUUCUUGUGAAGACACUUUUCAGCUUGAAGCGGUUGGAGGAGAAAGUCAAGAGAACGAAAGCAUCGACGCGCAAGUGGUGAAGCAAGCAGUGCUGCAAGCGAUCCAAAACAUGGAUUAAUCGAAUUGCGCUAUGAAGAAAGUACCUUAGUGAGAGAAUUUGAAGUCUUUUGUAUUAAAUAUAAAUGUUACGUAUCCAAGUGAGAGAAUUUAAGUGUGAUACUAUAUUCUGCCAAAAUGUAAGUACCUCCUCAAUGACCCUUUUACAUGUGAUGUGGCUUCUUCGUUUGUAGGAAAGAAUGAAUGGACAGGGAUCGUCCUGGUUAAUCGGUACAUUAAUUGCUGCUUAAUUAGAAUUCAAUGGGUUUGAAA